CUGAGACUUUCUUUUUUAAGGGCAAAAAGGCGUAGUAGUGUACAUAAAUAAAUAAUAAAAAAAGAGAGGAGAGGGAAUAAGGAGGAGUCGAAUCGAAGGUCGAUCGAUCAAUCAAUAGAGGAGGAGGAGGAGCAGCAGAUCUGUGGCCGUCCGCCGUGCAGUAAUUAUGGGCGUUAUUAAAUUUGGAGUCUUCCUCUUCCUCUUCCUCUUGGGGCUGACCACCUGUGAUGCUUCUCUUCCCCAACCAUCUGCUGAUGAUAACCAAGUUUGUGAGUUGUGUGAUAAGUAUCUCACCCUCGCCAUUGAUUACCUCCAAAAUGACGACAACCAGAAUGCACUCGUUGAGGCCCUCCACAUGACCUGCUCCCAGAUUCCUCCUUUGCAAAAACAGUGUCUUUCCAUGGUAGAUCAUUAUACCCAACUUUUCUUCACUCGAGUCUCUCUUCUCAACCCCCACGGCAUCUGCAAAACCCUUAACCUCUGUCAACCACUCCUUGCUUCCCAAGGAAACUGUGAGGCUUGCCACGAUACUGUCUCCCAGCUUGUCACCAAACUCAAGGAUCCUCAAACUAAGCUCAAGAUAAUUCGCUUGCUUCUCAAGGAAUGCAAGUCCCUCAACAAUUACCAGGACAAGUGCAAGAAGAUGGUGUUCGAGUACGGCCCACUGAUGCUUGCCGAUUUCGAAAAUUUUCUGGAAAAGAAAGACGUCUGUUCUAUCCUUGGCGUCUGUCCACCUCCACCCAUCCACAGUUUCUACAUCCUUCCUGCAGCGCUGGCAGAUUCUUAAAUUUGACCACCCUUUCUUUUUCUUUUUACCUUCAUUCCCUUGGUAACAAUAACAUUCUCACAGAAAGGUUUUCAUGUUUUGGAUAACCGUUGGGUGUUUACUAUACAUUGAUGGGCUUCUCUGGCCCAGUUUCUUAAUGGGCUUUGCUUGGUGUUCAUUCUCGCAUUGUUUGAUAUGUAAUGUUUGCCUCUGAAGCUUCAAAUGAAACAGGCUUGGCUUUUGUUUUUUC